GCAAAAGAACAAUCACUGUCCACACAUCAACGAUAUCGCACAAUUCACUGAUAUUUUAUUACUUAUCUUCCCGAUGGCAGCGGUCGAAGACAGGCCAGCUGAUGAUCACAGCGAAGCGGUUGGACCGGCUGUCGCCAGCGCGUCAAUCAUUGAAUUCGGCCGUAGCAAUUUACACCCUACUCUCCUGGAAUCUCUGUCUCAAAGAUACACUACUUUCACAGAUAUACAACGGAAGGCAAUACCACUUAUACUUUCGGGAAAGGAUGUUCUUAUUAAAGCUCAAACUGGUUCUGGCAAAACUCUAGCUGCACUUGUACCUGUUGCAAACUAUCUAUACGAAUCAAUGCGAAACAUAGGGGAGGCACAACUGGUAGUUUUGGUCGUUUUACCUACAACUGAGCUGGUUCAUCAGACUGUGGAGGUCUUAUCAUCGCUCUUGGAAGGUAGUGUAACUGUGAAGGCAUCGUUAAAAAAUGAAAACAUAAUCGCAAACGUAGUUGUAUCAAAGCCUAAUAUGGCAUUGUAUCAUGCAAAGGAACACCAAGCCACGUUGAAAAUAGUAGUGCUUGACGAAGCUGAUCUUUUGUUUGAAUUUGGUUUUAAAAGCGAAACACUUCAGUUGGCUGAAAUAUUGCGUAAUUUUGGCAGAAGGAAGUCUUUUCAGACUAUACUUCUUUCUGCGACUCUAGAUCAGCAUGUACAAAACCUAGCUAAUCUUAUUUUGUAUAAGCCGCUGUUUGUUGAAGCUGAAUAUAAACCCAGCAUGGGUUGUAUUAAGGAGUUUUAUGUGCGUUUGAAUGAAGACGAUAAACUACUAUUUGUCUACGCUCUCAUUAAAAUGGAGACCCUACCAUAUCCUGCAUUGAUUUUUACUAAUUCUGAUGAAAGGGCAUACAAGAUUAAGACACAUUUAGCUAAGUUAUCGGUUGAAUCGCGUGCUUUGAGUAGGCUUUUGUCCCCUCGCAUGCGCCAAGCUUUACUUACCAGCUUUAACCAAGGAACUAUCAAUGUUCUCAUCGUAGCUGACGAUGAUCGUGGCGAUAAGCUUUGCGCUACAAGGGGUGUCGACUUCAAAUGUGUGCAGUGUGUCCUGAACUUCGACGCACCUACAGAUUCGACUACAUAUACCCACAGGAUUGGACGUACUGGUCGCAUGGGUAGGGUCGGCAGUAGCAUAACAUUUAUAUGCGACAACGACUUACCCUUGUUGGAGGACCUGCAGGGCGAUCCAUCUCGGCAUAUACAGGAAUUAGACAUACCGAAGGGAGUGUUUGACACCAUGCGCUAUCGUGUCGAAGAUGUAGGUAAGGGUGUUACAAAGCGUUUGGUGUCUACCAGUCAAAUGCAGGCGUUGCGUCAUAGCGCAUUGCUUGAGGAUGCUUUCGUUACCAACCUUAGCAAGCGCGACGAAGUAUUGCUCAAAGCUGUUGUGGAGAAUGAUGAGAAAAGGCUUGGUGUUGAGAAGCGUCAUUUAGCACAUAUACCCAAAUACUUGGUAAAUGACCCACUCAAGGCUACAGUCGUCGAAUUACAACAAAAGGUAAACAUGAACGCUCGCCCGACUUCAAAGGCGCCAACAAAGGCAGAGGAGUCUACUAAAGGACGCACCAAAGUAAGGAAGAAGAAGUUCAAAAAAUUGCCAAAGUUCAGACGUAGGAAGAAAUAAAUGACAAUGUAUCUUUGCGCACAAAGUAUUUGACUCG